AUGGAAGCCGUCUUUAUGAUUAUCCCCAUUGUUAUCAUAUGUUUCCUAUUAUGUUUGUGUGAUAUAUUUUUUUGCAAAAAGCGGAAAAACACUGAUAACAGAAAUAAUAAUAACAAUUUUACAAAAAGUGGUGAAACAUUUAGUGCCACACAUCAUAGUAAUUGGAUAUCCAAUGAUAGCAACAAUAUUAUGAUCACUAGUAGUGACACAUCAGGUAUGGACAGUGGAUUCAGUGGCUGUGAUAGUGGAGGCGGUGGUGACACUAACACUAGUUGUGACAGUGGGGCUGGAGGUGGUUGUGAUAGUGGCGGUGGGGGCGAUGGUGGUGGUGGUGGUGGUGGUGGUGGUGGUAGCUGUGAUUGA